AUGAUUAAUGAAGAAGAGUUUAGUGACUAUAUUACAACAAUGAAUGAAAUAUUUCAGAUGAAUGGACCUGGCAUUGAUAUCGUGGCAGAUAAAAUUGAAGAAAUCUUGAUUAGAAAAUACAAGUUACAUUUUCAAUCAAUUCUUUGUUGCAUUGAUAAAGCAUCCCAAUACAAUAAAUCUCAUAUUAAAGAUUACUGGAAAUUAUUCACAUUGCUAUUUGAAAAACACCAAAUUCAUCUUAAAAAAGAAAGAUUUAGCGAAAUGUUUCAGAAUCUGAUAAUAAAAACGCAUCAAACAAAUUGGGAAUGCAAAGAAGAUAUCUCUUGUAAAUCAAUUGAUGAUAUUUUGAACAUUUAUCCUGAUGAUUCUUUAUUAAAAAUCAUUUUAUUUGAUGAUGUCGAAAAACUUAAAUCCAAAAUUGAUGAAAUUGAUAUUAACAAACGAAUAAAAGACCAGAACAUCAAAUACAAGCCAAUAGAAUGGUGCUGUUAUUAUGGUUCUCAUGAUUGCUUCUUUUAUUUGCUAAGUUUGAACGCAGAAAUUACAGAAAAAUGUUUGGAAUUUAGUAUCAUUGGUAAAAACAAAGAAAUCAUUGAAGAAUGCCUUAAAACACAGCAAAUGAAUAAUGAAGGCUUCAAAAACACUAUAAUUUCGCAUAACUAUGAGAUGACAAUAUACAUGAUCGAUAAUUUUAAAUUUAAAAUAGAAGAUAUUGUUGAAUUUUAUAAUUUGAAGAUCUUCAUUCAUGUUUUGAACGAAAGAGAUUUAUUUGACGAAUGCUUACUAGCUUGUCCUGUAUUUGGACUACCACAAAUCGCAGAAUUCUGUAUAAUGAAUGGAGCAGAUGUUAAUUGCCAUGGGAAAAAUAAAAAUACUCCUCUUCAUUUUGCAGCAAUGUAUAAUUCAACUGAAAUUGCUAAGAUUCUGAUUGAUAAUGGAGCAGAUAUAAAUGCAUUAAAUAAAAAUAAGAAAUCUCCUUUGGUUUCGGUUGUAGAAUAUUCUUGCUUAGAAAUGGUAAGUUUUUUACUUGAAAAUGGCUGCGAAAAAAUCAUGAAAAAUGGAUUAUCUCCCAUGCAUUUUGCCUCUGAUAUAAAUGUACUGAUUAUACUGAAAGAAAACGGUUUUGAUCUAAAUGCAAAGGAUCAUCAAGGAAGAACUCCACUUCAUUACGCUGUGAUAGAUAAUAAUUUAGAAAUCUUAACUUUUCUUAUUGACAAUAAAAUUAAUGUAAAUGAAAAAGAUAAUCAGCAUGAAACAGCUUUGCAUUUUGCUGCAAUUUAUAAACGUUAUGAUAUAGCAAAACUUCUAAUUGCAAAUAAAGCAAAUGUCAACAUGAAAGAUAAACAGGGAAGGUCACCUCUGCAUUAUGCAGCCGAAAAUGACUCCCUUGAUUUUGUAAAUUUACUUAUUGAGAAAAAAUGCGAAAUAAAUGCACAGGAUAAAAAUGGAUGUACACCAUUGCAUUGCGCUUCAUUCAAUUCAAGAGUUGAAAUUGCACAGCUAUUACUUGCUAACAAAGCAAAUCGAAAUGCAAAAGAUAAAAGCGGAAAAACUCCUUUUAAAGUUGCUAAAACAAAAGAAAUGAAAGGUAUUUUAAAGGUGAAAUAA